AUUAGCCACAGAAGCGGUACUAAAUCGAAGAGAAACCAUGAAAGGUUUAGCCGCGCUUGGCUUGCUCCUGCUCCUUGCAGGGAUCAACUCUGAGCACAACCCAAACCAGUGGGAUAACAGGAAUACCAUCGUCCAUUUGUUCGAAUGGAAAUGGGAUGACAUCGCAGCGGAAUGUGAAAAUUUUCUGGCACCGAAGGGUUAUGCUGGAGUACAAGUUUCGCCAGUCAACGAGAACAUCAUAGUUUAUGGACGACCAUGGUGGGAACGCUACCAACCAAUUUCCUACAAACUGACCACGCGCUCAGGAAAUGAGGACCAAUUCGCCAAUAUGGUACGACGCUGUAACAACGUUGGAAUAAGAAUCUAUGUUGAUGUUAUUUUCAAUCACAUGGCUGCAGAUAGUAGCGCUCCUAUUGGAACAGGAGGUACAACGGCCAACCCACUUUCAAAGGACUUCCCAGGUGUACCAUAUACGGCGCUUGAUUUCCAUCCAUCGUGUGACAUUUAUGACUGGAAUGAUAUCUACCAGGUCCGCAACUGUGAACUUGUUGGACUGAAGGACUUGGAUCAAAGCAGAGAUUGGGUUCGUGAUCGCAUCGUUGAAUUCCUUGACCAUUUGAUUGAUUUGGGAGUGGCUGGAUUCCGAGUUGAUGCGGCGAAGCACAUGUGGCCCGAUGAUCUGAGGGUUAUUUAUGGCAACCUUAAGAAUCUUAACACCAAUCACGGAUUUCCCGCGAAUUCCCGUCCCUUCAUUUAUCAAGAAGUUAUCGACCAUGGCGGUGAAACUAUCUCCAAAUAUGAAUACACUGAGUUCGGAGCUGUAACGGAAUUCCGAUUCUCCGAAGAAAUCGGUAGAGCUUUCCGCGGAGGCAACAGUUUGAAGUGGAUGAUAAAUUGGGGACCAGAUUGGGGUUUCUUGCCUUCUGACGAAGGUUUUGUUUUCGUUGAUAACCAUGACAAUCAGCGAGAUGGCGGCGAAGUUUUGACAUACAAAACUCCAAGACAGUAUAAAAUGGCUACUGCUUUCAUGUUGGCAUACCCCUAUGGAAUUACCAGAGUUAUGAGUUCCUUUGACUUCAGCGACAGAGACCAAUCACCACCAUCUGCUGAUGGAGAGACUAUAUUGUCACCAACGUUCAACGCAGAUGACACUUGCAAUAAUGGUUGGGUCUGUGAACAUCGUUGGCGUCAAAUAUACAACAUGGUUGGAUUCAAAAAUGCGGUUCGUGGUACCGGACUCAAUGACUGGUGGGACAAUGGAAACAAUCAGAUAGCCUUCUGUCGUGGAGGAAGUGGUUUUGUGGCAUUUAACCUAGAACCAUUCGACUUUAAUCAAACCUUGCAGACUUGUCUGCCGCCCGGAACUUAUUGCGAUGUUAUUUCUGGAUCGAAAAUUGAUGGAAGGUGUACAGGCAAGACCGUUGAAGUUGGAUCUAAUGGAAAGGCGAAAAUUUACAUUGGCACUUCUGAGGAAGAUGGAGUUUUGGCGAUUCACAAGGAUGCAAGGCUGUAAAUUUUACCAAAGUAAAAUAUAAACCGAUGAUGUACCUGGA